AUGCAAGCCGCCCUCGCCGCCCUCUCCUCCUCAUCAUCCUCGCGGGCGAACGCAGGUCGUGGGGCAAGUCCAGCCGUCGUGGGAGGACAGGGAGGCGGGCUGCCAGACCUAGACCCCCUACGACUCCGCCUCGUCCAGCUUAUCGACGCUGUCACCGCCCUACACACGCAACUCUCCUACCUCGCCUUCUCUGCCCCGACUCCCUCGACUGCGAACCCCGGCAUCCUCCCUUUCCCCGAACUCGUCGCACGAUACAACCUUCUCUUGACGCACCUGUCGGCGCUGCAAGGACUCCUCAGUAGCGAGGGAGACAAAGAGCGGGAGAGGGAGCGAGAAAGGCAGGAGGGUAUGCAAGGAGGCGCGGCGGGCCGGAAGAGGCGGGCUGAGCGCGACCGAGACGUCAAGCGGGAACGAUGGGAGAGUGUGAGUGUCGUGCCGGCGGAAAAGGUGGACGAGGCGAAGGACUGGCUUGUCGGAAUGCUUCUUCGGACCAAACAGACUCCCGAUGUCGAAUCGUCGCAAUCCGCAACAAUCGCCUCCCUUCCUGAACCUUUCGCCUCAGCCCUCACCACAGCAGCGUCGUCCUCCUCUUCCGCAACUCUGCUCCAGCCCACUCACGAACUUGCCUCCGCAUCCUUCGACUCACUCGUCUCAGACCACGCACGGAUACUCUCUCUCGCGCACGACAAGAUUCUCGCACUCAAGGAGUUCAACAGCGACAAUGAGCAGUGGGACUGGAAGGCACGGGUGGAUCUUGAGGAAGACGAAGACGGCGCAGAAGGCGGUGGCGAAAAGAUGCAGGUGGAUGCUGAGGUCGGCGAGGGGAAGCGACCGUGGACGGCGCAGGAGGUGCAGGCGUACUUGCGGACGGGCAAGAGACCGGACCUGUAG